GUAGACAUAUAUGGCAGAACAAAGUUGGCCUACAAGUGGAAUACAGCCAACUGAAGGGCUAAUUCUAAGAUCAAUCAAAAUCUUGCACAAUGGUCCUUAAAUGUCAGAGAAGUGCAGAGAUGUCAGCCAGCCAUCUUGAACGACUUACUGUCUGUCAGAAGCUGAACAUAUAAGAAGAUAUACAUCACAGGAUAGAAAAAAACAUGGCAGAACAAAGUACAAGUGGACUACACCCAAAGCGUCCCAGGAUGGACUGUUUAACACAUUGUUCAGAUGAUGACUCAAACCUUGUGGCACCUAAAAAUACAGAUUCAUGGAGCACACUACUGACAGCAGCUGAAAUAAGAGGUCACAGACCAAUCCUUGACCUUGCUAAAAACCUACCUGAAUGUAGCAUACCAUCUGUAUUGUAUCACAGGAAGUGCCGUAGCAUCUUUACUAUGAAGAGAGACCUUAACAUAAUCCAGACUCAGAGUAAAAGUUCUGCAGAAAGAUCUCUCACAGAAGACUUCAGAAAAUCCACUCGACAAGGUCCAGUCACAUCAAGAGUGUAUGAAGCCAAAUGUAUUAUUUGUGACAAAUGCAGCAAGUAUUUGAAGGGUCAAAAUACAAAAGAGACUCUGACAAAAUGCUGUGAGUUGAGAGCUGAUGACACUCAGGAGAGCGGCUGAAAGCAAAGGCGAUACUAGGAUGCUAGCUAUAGUCAGUUAUGAACUAGUAGCAGCUGAAGGUCAUUACCACAGAUCCUGCUACAGGCUGUACACAAAGAAGCUAUAUAAAGACAAAGACACUGUUGACGCUGACAUGGAUAAGGCAGAAUCACCUUAUGAAUCCGCGGAAAGAAUGGCACUCCAAAAGGUUUUCACAUACAUUAGGGAAGACCUGAUAGAACAUCCUAGAGUGAUACCAUUCAGAGACCUGACCUCUAUACUGGUGACAGAAAUGACUGAAGGUGGUAUUUCACAAAUUAUACCUAAUACAAAGAGAUACCUACGACGUAAGGUUGAAGCAGAAUUCGGGGAAUCUUUACAUAUCAUAGCAAAUGGGCCCAAAAACCUGUUGGUAUACCCUAACAGUUUGACAAUGGAUGAACUUGUGAAGGUUUGCCAGGAACUUAAAGACGAACUGAAGGUUUCCAAAUCGAGCAGCGACAUAUCUGAAGUGGCAUUGAAGAUCAGACAUGAUAUUCGGAACCAAGUAAGUCCUCAAGUAUGGCCACCACAUGUGUCAGAUCUUGAGAAGAUGAACUGUGCUCCUGCAUCUCUAGUAGUGUUUCUUCAGACACUCCUAGCGGGUACAUCCAGAGUAGGAAAUAGCCCAUCUAAGAGAGUGCAAAGGCUCACAGCUUCAUUUAGCCAAGACCUGGUCUAUGCUGUUACCUGUGGCAAAGUCAAACCUACCAAACACAUUGUGUUGCCCUUUGCUGUCAAGUCACUCACUGGAAAUGUGGAACUAAUACAUAUACUGAACAGGCUUGGCCAUGGCGUUUCAUAUUCUCAGGUAGAGGAAAUUGACAAAGCCCUUUGUCUUCAGAAACAAGCAGCAAGUGGAGAUGUCGUCCCACUGCCACAAAAUAUCAAGCCUGGUCUGUUCACAACAUUGGCAUGGGACAAUAUAGACAGACUGGAGGAAACUCUCAGCGGAGAAGGGACAUCACACAGAGUGAAUGGAAUUGCUGUGCAAGCAAAGUAUAUUGAUGAUCAUCCUGCUGAAACCAGACAUUUACCUUGCAUCCCAAAAACUAAGAAGAGAAGCAUUGGAGCAGUAGAGAUGGUGCUUCCCAUUUACAAUGCAGGAAAGCGUGCCAAUCCUCCAGUUGUACAGACAGUUGAUGCUGAUCACACCACUGUUCUACAGGAUGCAGCAGACAGAAACCAUAUGUGGCUGAUAGCUCGCCAUUCCAACAACGAUAUUUGUAGCUGGACUGGGUUUAACAUCCUCACUCACAGCGACACAAGAGUACAAGAAAAUAGUAUCGGAUAUUUGCCAACAAUCAACGCUCCUGCCACACAGCUAUCAACAGCAAAUGAGGUUCUCCACCAAUCGAUGAGCAUCAUGAAGUCUCUGCAACUCAACAACAUUGUUGUUGUUUUUGACCAGGCAUUGUAUGCCAAAGCUGCCGAAAUCACCUGGAAACACCCAGAGAAAUUCAAGAACAUCAUCCUUAGAAUGGGGGUCUUUCAUACCAGCUGUAUUUUCAUGGCAACAAUUGGAAAACAUUUUGCAGAUGCAGGUCUAAGAGACCUUUGUGUAGAAGCAGGAGUGAUAGCUCAUGGUUCAGUCGCAGGGGUUAUUGAUGGUCACAGGUAUAAUCGAGAAAUAAGGCUCCACAAACUGCUCUAUGAGGCUUUCUUGACACUUGCCUGGAAAGGAUUUCAUCCCUGGUUAGAAGAGAAUCAUCCUGAAGAUCUCAUUCACUUGAAAGAAACUCUGCAAGCAGUCGGCAACCUGUGUGAAGAAGUAUCACAGCCCAGAUUUGAGGAAACCCUUGAGCAAGACUCAUGCCAGCGCACUCUGACACGUUUCAGUGAGUUCCUCAACUACCUUAGAGAAGACAAUGGUCCCCUCUCAGCCUUUUGGAUGUCUUACCUGGACAUGGUUGAGAUUUUGCUCAGUCUUAUUCAAGCAUCAAGAGAGGGAAACCAGAUGAUGCAUCUUGCAGCAAUCAGAGCCAUCAUUCCAUGGUGCUUUGCCUACGAUAAACUGAACUAUGCCAGAUACCUGCCAUACUACUAUGCCCAAAUGUCUUGCCUUGACAUUGAUUAUCCUGAUGUUUCUGCCCACUUUGUAGAGGGUGGUUUUUCUGUCCAGCUGGGAAGGAACAAUCCCUUUGGAAAGAUUCCAGUAGACCAGACGAUUGAAGAGACCAUAAACAAGGAUACUCAGACAGCUGGAGAAACCAAAGGUUUCAGCUUGAAAACUGCAGCUGUGACCAAAUACUAUCUCACUUCAGAAAACAGAAGUCGGUAUCUAAGGCAACUCAGGAACAUGACAGGCAAUGAGCCCACAGAAAGUGUCAGACAUCACGAUCUACAGAAGUCUAGGAUAGAGAAGGACAGGGCAGAUGUCAAUGCCUUUGUAGAACUUAUGCAGAAAGGCUGGGUAAACCCUCUAGGUCCAGAGGAGUCUGAUAUCAUCAGUCUUUCCACAGGAAUCACGGUGUCACCAAACAUAGCCAGUGAUCUGUUGCAAGCUCAACAGACCGGAGAGAAAGCAUAUAAAAAGUUCAGAAGUGAACGUUUGGAAAAAGGCUCACCAACAGCAAAGUUCCAUGACAAAAUGAAAAAACAGAACCUGAAGACAUUCUCAAGCACCACGCAAAGUAGAGUAAAUAAGGGACAAAACAAGGAGGUGGUCUUGAAAGCAGAUAGAAAUCUCUUUGGCCAUAUGAUCAUUGUUUCACAAAGUAGAGAUCUUCACAUUAAAGCUGUCCUGGCCCAUCCACUUGGCCCACUGCCUUGGGCACUUUCAAAUCCAGAUGGCUCACUGCGGAAAACUAACAAGGCUGCUCUUGCAAGAGAGUUGGAGAAAUCAGGGUCAGCAGUUGAAGAUAUUGGAAAACAGUCUGCGUGCAUCAUUGAUGGAAUGAGCCUUGUUCAAAAACUGAAAGGUGAUGGCAAGACCUUUGGAGAGAUUGCUGGAUCUGUGCUGAACCUAGUGCUGCACGAAGGAGGACACAGUGAGCAGAUAGAUGUGGUGUUUGAUGUAUACAGAAAAAAAUCAAUCAAGAAUGCUGAGAGAUGCAAUCGAGGUUCAGCAAGUAGCACUCAAUGGACAAGCAUUGCCCCAGGACACAAGGUUGUGCAGUGGAGAAAACUGUUAAGUAAUGCAGACAGCAAAACAGCCCUGAUAACGUUCAUCGUGGACCAGUGGGAGCAACCAGAGAACCUUCCAAAGCUUAAGGACAAGCAGCUGUUUGCAGCCUGUGGAGAUGCUAUUGUCUGAGCAAAACAGACUGGAAUGUUGUUGUAGAGCUGAAAUCCUCCCAUGAGGAGGCAGAUACCCGUAUGCUCUUACAUGCAAAUCAUGCCAGCCAGAAUGGCUUUCAAACCACAGUCAUUGUGAGCGAGGAUACAGAUGUCAUGAUCCUUUGUCUCGGAUACUGUGAGAAGAUAAACUGCCCCCUGUAUCUGAAAUGUGGCACUCAGAAUCGGACAAGAUACAUAAACAUCAGCAACCUUGCUCAGUUCCAGUUGCAGGGACUGUUUACAGCUGCAUAUACAGCGUGCCAACUACCAGGCAGCAGUGUGGAGGUGCUGCCUGGAAGGACAGCCAGACAUACCAGAGCCAAAAAGACAUGGGUGGACAACUGAUGACCAAGAAAGUGAUGAGGAAUACCUUCCACUUAUUCUUACAGGUAUGCUGAUGUUAGACUGGAUGCGAGGACCUCCAGCACCACUGGUUGUCCUGGAACUUAUGGCCUGCAAAUGUGUACGGAUCUGCAAGCUUCCUGACUGCUCCUGCCUUGCAAACAGACUGAAGUGCACAGAAAUGUGCAAGCUACAAACCUGCACCAGUCAGAGAGAGGAGGAGGAGGAUGUAGAAGUUAAUGUGACACUAGACGACUAUGAUGAUAAUGAUGAUGAAGAAGAGGAAUAAAGAGAGCAUGAAUACUUGA